AUGCUUGCCCACCUGAAGAGGUUGUUUCAUGGUACUCGCGGUAUUCCUGACCAGAUAUGUAAGAAGUUGGCCGUUGCACAACAUGCAGAACAUAGUGUAUCUAAAGCUCUGGAAGGUAACGCCAACGCCAAAGAGUUUGCUGACAAGCUGUUGAAUUCUAACCGUUUAACAGAUAUGAUCAAACUUUCAGAUAAUAUAUCUUUCUUCGGGCCCCUUCAACCUCUAUCUGUUCCAGUAGACGAAAUUCAAGACUUUCCACUCGAGGCAGAAAACAUUGCUAUUGCACAGCGAAUGACCAGAAGAUAA